GGAGCUUUCGCGUUCCGGGUUCCUCGGUGGGCGUGAGCCGGUGACCCGGGAGCGUCCGCCGCGGCUGCCGGGGAGCGGGACCAUGGAGAAGCUGCGGCGGGUCCUGAGCGGCCAGGACGACGAGGAGCAGGGCCUGACCUCGCAGGUGCUGGACGGCGCCUCCCUGAGCUUCAACACCAGGCUGAAGUGGUUCGCCAUCUGCUUCGUGAGCGGCAUUUUCUUCUCCAUCCUGGGGACCGGGCUGCUGUGGCUUCCAGGGGGCAUAAAGCUCUUCGCCGUGUUCUACACCUUUGGAAACAUCGCUGCGCUGGCCAGCACGUGCUUCCUGAUGGGGCCCAUGAAGCAGCUGAAGAAAAUGUUUGAAACCACACGGUGGCUGGCAACAGUUGUUAUGAUCCUGUGCUUCGUGUUCACCCUGUGUGCGGCGCUCUGGUGGCACAAGAAGGGGCUGGCCUUGCUGUUCUGCAUAUUGCAGUUCCUGUCGAUGACCUGGUACAGCCUGUCGUACAUCCCUUACGCAAGGGACGCCGUGGUUAAGUGCUGCUCUUCUCUAAUCAGCUGAACGUCAGGACCUCGUCCACAGGCGCGUUUGAGGGUCGCCGCGGCCGCCGGGGACGUGUGGUUUUCCGGAGACGGGGUGCGCCCCCGCGCGCCGCCGGGCGGCGCAGGGCCGUGUGCUGCGCUGGCGAAACCCCGCGUGUGAUUAAACUGCUCUUGUAACUUUGCACUCGGUGCGCGCCCCUCCCGCGCUCUCCGAACAGGGAGCCCUACCGGUGCCGGCUGUAAAUGAUCGUUAGCUGCGUUUUACUUUCUUCUAAACAGCAUUUGAGAUGUGAAUAUUUAAAGAUAAUCUGUGCUGCAUGAUCUAUGUUCAACUUUUUUGGCUCUUUUAAAAUGUCUAGAUUUUUUAAAUUUUUUAAAAACUUUAAAUGUGAAAGUUUUUACUUUAAACUAAAAGUUGCUUAUUAUAUGUAAUAAAAAUAAUAUAUAAAUCUUUACAAUUUUGCAAUAAACCCAUCCUUGGAAAAAUAA